UUUAAGAACCGACUGUGGCCGAUUCGAGCCAAUUAACAAGCUGAAAAUCAAGCCGUUUCUUGAUCACCAUCCAAGCCUCCCUCCUGCCUGCCACAGCAGCCCUGAAGCGGCGCAGUCGAAUUUCAGUCCUUUUUUAACGUCGCUCCAUCCGACAAAACCACAAGCGACGAGUCAUCCGUUUCAACAAUUGCAAAAAAUGGCUGAUACAGAGGCGCCGCAGUUCACUACGCUCGCUGAGCGCAUUGCUGCUCUCAACCAGCAAAAGAAUUUCCAGGCACCCUCACCCGCUGCUGGCAAACGACCCCCACCCCCGCCACCCCCCGUCCGCUCCUUGACCGAAGGCGUGCCUAGGACUACUUCCGACACUGUUUCGGCCGAGAAGAGCCCUUCGAUCCCCGCCCGGCCUGUCCGGGCUGCCACGGAGAAGCUCCCGCCGCCUCUUCCACGUCGGACCACCGGGCAAGAGAAUGGCGACCCCCCACAACCCCCCUCGAACCGUCCCGGACCCCCUCCGCUGCCAACGCGGAACUCGCAGCUGGCGACCCCACCAAGCCUACCCUCGCGCCGGCCCUCUACCCAGACACUUUCUGUUAGGAGGAACUCAAACUCUUCCGAUAUAUCUCAGCUAUCCGCCGUGUCGAGUCUGUCACUAAGCCAAAGCAAGUCUGCUACUUCCAAUGGAGGACCCGAGACGCAGACACGGAGAAGGCUACCGCCGCCUCUUGAACAAGCCAAUCUUCCGCCGCUACCCCCUAAAGCAAAGCCGAAGGAGGCGGAGAAUAGCACGCCCUCUCUCCCACCCAGACGCAUUGCCGACCCGCCCCAGCCUUCCCAGCCUCCUCGCCUGCCCUCAAGGCCAAACAACUCGCCAGCCGUUGUUCUCCCCGAGCAGUCAUCACCCGCCCUUCCAGCCCGGCGCAUGGCACCUCCACCGUCCAGCUUCCGCCCCAAGUCAGCCCUUGAGAGCGGUUUCGGUUCCGGCGCGCGCAACCCGUCCCCUCCUUCAGUACCACCCCCUAUUCCGCUCAGCUCCCGGCCGACCGUCGCCCAGAUCGACGCUGUAGCGAGCCGGACAGCCCCAGCAGCAACACCCCCUCCCAACCCGUCACCCCAAUCCUGUCUCAUCUGCCGCGACUUCUCCGGCCCGGACACGCUGGCCGCCCAGCACCCCACCGCCUCCAUCCCGCGCGGAGCUGGUGCCGUCGACCCCAUCGAGCAUCUGGCGUACACGCUCUGUGCGCCCUUCUCCUCGCCGACAGACAAGGCGCGAGCCAUCUUCGCGUGGAUGCACCACAACAUUGUCUACGACGUUCACGGCUUCUUCAACAACUGCAUCCCGCGCGGGCUGACCCCGACCGAGACCAUUUUCUCAGGCAAGGCCGUGUGCGAGGGGUACGCACGCGUAUACGAAGCCAUCGCCGUGCGGGCUGGGCUAGGGUGCGUGGUCGUGACGGGGCACGGCAAGGGCUUCGGGUUUACCCCCGUCAAGGCCGGACAGCCGCUGCCGCCGCGCAAGCCAACGGGCCACGCAUGGAAUGCCGUGCGCAUCGACGGCGGCGCCUGGAAGCUGAUCGACCCGUGCUGGGGCGCUGGCGCGCUCUGCAAAGGCGAGUACUCGCAGCGCUUCGCCGCCGAGUGCUUCACCAUGAGCAACGAGAAGUUUGGCACCCGCCACUUCCCCGCCGACGAGAGGCACUGGUACCGCGAGGACGGCCGCGCGCCGUCGUGGGAGGAGUACAUAUUGGGCCCCCUCGGCGACGAGCCGGCCGAGUGGAUGGGCGACGCGACCCGGGAAGGGCUGGAACAGGCCAACUUUGCGCCGAUGCAGCGGCGCAUCAACGUGAGCAACGGCGGGAUGGUGCGGUUCCAGUUUGCCAAGGUGUGCGAGCACUGGCGGCCGGAGAAGAACGGCAAGGGCAAGCAGGUGCUGUUUGGGCUGAAGCUCAAUGGCCAGAAUGGGAUGAAGGAUCACAUUGUUCCGAUGGAGCACGACGGGUUUUGGCACUACCUGGACGUGGAUGCGCGAGACCUCGGUGCGCCGGGGCAAACGCUCUCGAUGGUUGCGUUUACAAUGAUAGACGGGCAGAGCGCGAGGGGGCUGACCAAGGAGGAGUGGCUACAGAAGAAGGGACGGUGUGGGUAUAGCUAUGCGUAUAUGGUGCGAUGGGAGUUGGUAUGAUGGUUCUGCAUGGAUUCAAUGAUGGUUACGAACGGAUUAGUACCUUUCUCAUGAUAUAUACGCCUACUCCACAACGGCGACUCAUAUCGCCUCUAGACUAAUAUCAUCCCUCAACACCCCAACAUGCACCACAAACCCCGUGUUCGCCCUGAGCCCCUCCACCAGCAUCUCAUCCGGCACGCGCCACGUAUGGAACGACCUGGCAAACCUGACCGCCCACGCCUCGAACACGAGCGGAUCCCGCAGCUGCUGC